UGCCAUUGUUUAGGGACGGCCAUAUUGGAUCCUCGUCACUCGAGGCUUCUCUCCCUCCCUUCCUAUUCCACUAGCUCAGUGUACUAAGGGAUAGCGACGCUGAACAGCAUUGUGAUGGCGGAAGACAAAGUAUACAGUGGCGCCUCUAGCUGAUACUAAGGUUGGUGGCAGCACCUGUUGCACCCCUGUUAGGAGAAAAAUUUGUAGUAUGCUGCGAGAUUGUUUGGACUUCUGUAUGAUUUUUACUGAAUUACGGGUACACUUGAAGAAUGGCAUGUGUAACACUCAAACGAUCGCUGGAGUUUGAUCCCCUUCACCACGGAAGUUGCACUCCUCGACCACACAAGAGACGACGAUGUGUGCCUAUGUGUGUGUCGCCCCAGAGUGCUGCUGCAGCCACUGCGCGUCACACAGAGUCACAGUCACCAUUUGCCGAGGUCACACCAACUCUAACCCCAGAGCAAAUUGCACAAAAUGUUCGGGAAGAGAUCCGUCGGCUGAAACGCCGCAAGAUCUUGCAAUGUGGCGAGCGUAGUAUGGAGUGCGAGGGGGGCUAUGAAUCUCCAGCUUCCCCACCGUCUCCGCCCUCCCUGGCCUGUCCUACCUCACCAUCGCCUGCAUCAACAUCCACUGCAGGAGUAUCAUCUCAUCAUCACCACCAUCACCAGUCUUCUCUUGGGAAGGAUAAACCUCUGUUCACAUUUAAGCAGGUGAAUCUGAUUUGUGAGCAGCUACUGCGCGAACGUGAAGUGAAUAUCCGAGAGGAAUAUGAUAAAGUCUUGGCCUCCAAGCUUGCCGAGCAGUAUGAUUGCUUUGUACGUUUUACUACAGAUCAGAUACAGCAAAGGCUCUCUCAAGCAGCUCUUCCCAGCUAUCUUUCGUAAGACUAUGCUGUUUUGAAAUGGACUAUGUGCCUUUGGAGGUACAAAGAAUGAAAAAGAUUGGGAAAGUAUUUCCCUGGAAGUGUGAACUUUGUAUAUAGGAAGUAUCUCAAGAUUUGGAAGGAUUCUGUGUUUAGGAAAAAAAAGUGUAAUACUGUAACUGGUUGCUGGAUGAAAUGGAUAUAAACCUCAUUUCGGUUUGAUAGUGCCAAGAGAUGUGUUUGGUAUGAAGGUGUUAAAUCAAUAUAUCCAUAUCAUUCAAGGCUGUACAGUGGACUUGGGUUAGCCUGGACAUGAACUCAAGUUUUACGUACAUAACAGCAGACAAAAGUUAGGAGGGACUUACACGGCAACCAGAAGUGGCAGCUUCAGUGAAAAGCGCAAGUUAACUUGUGGUGCUCAUUCUGUGUGGCAUUCCUCAACUGUUGUGUGUACAUACCUUCUAACCAUUCAGUUGCCUUUCACACUUUUCUUGCUUUGAGUGGAUACUUUGUGGAGAGAAACUCAGUGAUACAUCAUACCUGAUGCAUAGAGCUGGUAUCUUAAAACUACCCACCAGAAAAGUUGUGAUAACCUGUUGAGAAUUCAUCUAGUACAGGAAGACUGCCUCAGCUGCAGUCACAUUGCCUUUAUGUGAAUAGUAAACUAGGGUAGUGCUCCAGAUUGCCUGUUUUUAUGUUUGCAUCAAAUUACUUUUGGCCAGCUUCUCUUUUUAACUUGUAUGUUAUUGAUACAUGUGACUUGAAAGUAGAUUCAAUAAACUUGUAAGUUUUUAUUAGAAAGGAGAUACCCUAGUAAUGUCUUCCUGUAUUAGACCCUAAAAUAACUUGCUCCUCUCAUUAGAGGGGCAGUAUUAACCCACCAUACAAAUCAUUAUCUCGCCUAUGCUGUUUUACUUGAGAUCUGUUGUAUGAUAAUUUACUUAUGGGUGUUGUCUAAUGUGGGUAAUAUGUACUCUUAGGCAUAAUAAGGUGUUAGGUUCAAAGGGUUCAAUUCUGCUGCUGCAGAGCUAGCCCGUGUAAAGUGAGAGAGGAAGUAGUGUUAGUUGCAAUGAAUCUUGACGUGAUUGUUUCACCGUAUGAAUUUACAACUAGUGUAGUUUAAGUUUUUUUAUAAUGUACUGAGACUGGGUGGUCUCAUUGUGUGUACAGUGCACGUUUGAAAGCAGGACUUUGUAUGCUGCAUAUUCAUUGUCAAGCAUUGUUGAAGCAGUCAAUCUGCAUUUAUAUACAAUACUUGAUGAUAUUUUGGGUUUUGUAAGGAAUCAGUACAUUUCAUUUCCUUAAUUUUAUCUUUCAUGGAAGUCUGACAUUUGUGUAGCUGUUCUUUACUCUCCUCUUAUUCUAGAGUCAUAUGUAUCACGUUCUUAAUGUAAUUUGCUAUUGUAAACAAUUAUGCUUUCCAUACAAAUAGCAAAAUUAUCAGAAAUAAAGGCAAUUGAUGCAUUAUUUUAGAUUCUGCAAAAUAAACAUUCAGUAUUGUUACCUUGGCUUUGCUGUCUACAGUUUUAAUUUUAUAAAUAGGAAAUCUUUGUUACUAAGUUAGCUGAACAUACUGUUGCAUGAGCUCUUGAAGUAAGGAGUAAUUGUUUAUUUAUUUUCUUGUUCUCACUUUUUUACUGUACUUGUAUUAUUAAAUAUACUUGUUAAUGGGAAAGUACGG